ACAAAGGUAUAAAUGAAAUCGAGUUUUGCGUCAAAGGGGCCAUUCGAUGAUUGCAGUUUCGAAUUUCCUUGUUUUCGGGACCCACGAUUAUGACUAAAAGUUUCCUACUUCCUCACAAAUGAGAAAAUCAAUGGCUGAGCACAUGAAAAAACGAGAGAGGAUCGGAAUAAGCUAAAGCUGAAUCGUGGCGAAGCCACCAACACAUUCCUAAACCCCAAAACAUCUUUUACCUCCGCCCUGAAUCUCCACCAUUUCUUCAGCCCACAAACCCAUCUCCCAUCUCCCAUCUCUCUCUCUCUCUCUCUCUCUCACUUCCAUCAGAAAUUUAGUGAUCUUCACUUCAUCAUCAUAUGCUCUCAGAGCCCAAUAGAAAAAAAAGUAGAUUAUGGAAUUGCCAACCUCGGUUUCUUCUCUUCUCCGCUCUCCCAAUAGUUUACCACCAUUCAAAUGCUUCGAAUCCUAUUCUUCUUCUCGAAAUAUCAAUCGGCUGAGGAUGGGUAGACGCGGCGUCGUUCCGUCGAGCGCCUCUGUGAAGAUGGUUUCCAACGGGUACGUGAGGAGAGACAGCUACAGCGGUUAUAGUAACAGGAUUUACAAAAGGGUCGAUUCUUGUUUGGUGAUUCCUCCACCCAAAGGCAAGAAACCAACUGCAAUCAUCGAAUUCUUGGGUGGUGCCUUCAUUGGAGCGGUUCCUGAAGUUACCUACAGCUAUCUAAUCGAGCUUUUAGCAAAUGAAGGUUUUCUAAUUAUAUCGGUUCCGUACAAUGUGACAUUUGAUCAUGCACAAGCUACUAGAGAAAUUUAUGAGAGGUUCAAUUCCUGCUUGGAUACCAUUUUAACAUCAGGAUUGCCUGAUGCCAGCCUAUCGGCUAGUGAGCUAGCUUGCCUUCCUCUGUAUUCCGUUGGCCACAGCAAUGGGGCUCUACUCCAAGUACUCAAAGGAAGUUAUUUCUCUGAGAAGAUACCCAAGGCUAAUGCCAUAAUCUCAUACAACAACCGGCCAGCAACGGAGGCGGUGCCUUACUUUGAGCAGAUGGGUCCUCUGGUUAGGCAGGUGAUGCCCAUUGUGGAAGCAUCUCCAGCAUAUUCAUUAGCCCAGAAUGCCUCUGAUGCAUGGAAAGGGCUUCUUGAUAUGGCUGGAACAAUGAUAUUGGACAACGAUCAGGAAACAUUGGUUUCAUUGACCAACUUUGUGGAUCAGUUGCCUUCUGUGAUGAAUCAGGUCACACAAGGAAUUUCAGAGUUCAGGCCAACUCCCUCUGAGAAUCGUGAAUGCUUCAAGAACUCAUACAAUGUCCAACGAACCCUACUGGUCAAGUUCAAUAUUGAUGCUAUUGAUGAGACAGAUUUGCUUGAAGAAAUACUGAAGCCCCGUGUGGAGUCUAUAGGUGGAACAUUAGAGAAGGUUUCACUGAAUGGUAACCAUAUCACUCCUUGCAUUCAGGAACCAAAAUGGGAAGUAGGUAACUUGUACACUCCAGCAGAUGCCAUUGCUCAGGGCCUCAAGACUCUUUCACUGAGUGAAACUAGGGUCCUUUCCAGAACGAUCACCAACUGGUUUCGAGGUCUUGAAGACUUAUCUUUAUGAAAAACAAAAGAUGAGCCUGGGCUGAUAAUAUGUACAGUCAACUUCUGGUUAUCCUGUUGUCUCUGCUGCUGCUCCAAGGAAUUUAGCCUACAAUCCUGGAUAAAAAUCUUCCAUUUGCAGCUUCAAUCUCAGUGAAUGCCUGUUCUCUUGAGAAACUGAUGCUAGAGCUCUGUCUAAAGUGGGAUGCAGAGAAACAACCUUUAACCAAAUAGCCUGCACUGAUAGGUCAUGGCACAUGAUUGCCCAUAAUUCAUCUCUAUUACGAGGAAAUUCAUUUAUAAUCUAAAUUUUGUUCCAAUAUUGUGUACUAUUUUAGGAACCUUUGGAGGAACUAGGAGAUGACUCUGCUCCAUGAAUUUGGAUGAGAGGCAAGCCAAUUAAUUGAUUGGAUAGCAAAAUAUGGUAAGCAGUUGCUGUCUGUUUUAAUGUAAAACUCAUGUUCACUAUGGUAAUAUUCUAUGCUUGGAUGUUUGGAGUGGAGUUCAAGAUGCAUGUACUACUUGGUUUCUACCGUUCAUAGUCAUACAGGCUUACCCAUGCUUGAAUUGGGUAGCCAAAUCUAGCAAGUUUUUUUUCCCUUUUUAUGUAUACAAAUUUUGUACUUGCGCAUAUAUGGAGUUGUGAGUCAAGAUGUAUAUUCACUUGUUUUUUUAUUCAAAGAAAUUUCUAUUCACUCUA